GAGAAAACAAAAACAAAACCUAAAUUACCAGAAAUUGUAAGAAGAAAUGCUCGAAGUUGUUGAACAAUGGUGAUUUUCAGGUCUCUUAAAUCAAUCCUCACAAACUCAAACACCAUAGCUAGAACCUUCCUCACACCAACAACCUCAACAACAAUCACUCUUCCCUUUUCUCCAUUACUCCACAACGCGCUUUUUCUCUUUCCUUCUCAUCACAGCGGCCCCCUUUUCCUCGCUUCUCCGCCUUGGAAGCUUUCUCAAUCCGCUACCCCUCUUUAUCAUCACGCUAAAGCCGUUGUUUUUCGCCGUAACGCUGUUAAUCUUAACCUUCUUCGGAUCACAACAACCCCUUUACCAAACCAUCGUCGUCUUGAUUCCAAUUUCAACAAUUCACCGCAAAAUUCACCUUUUUAUACUUUUUUCAAUGCGCCAAAUUUGAUUUCUUUUGCGAGAUUGGUUUCGGGUCCUUUUCUUGGAUGGAUGAUUGUGAAUGAUAUGUAUACUUCAGCUAUGGUGGGGUUGGCUAUCUCUGGUGGGUCUGAUUGGCUUGAUGGGUAUGUGGCUAGGAAGAUGAAGAUUGAUUCUGUAGUUGGUUCCUAUCUUGAUCCCCUUGCUGAUAAGGUACUUAUUGGUUGUGUUGCUGUUGCGAUGGUUCAUCAAGAUCUACUGCAUCCUGGACUUGUCGGGCUUGUUGUGUUCCGAGACACCUUCCUUGUUGGCGGUGCAAUAUUUCAAAGAGCUAGUAGCUUGGGUUGGAAGUGGAAAAGCUGGUCUGAUUUUUUUAACCUUGAUGGGGCCGGUCGCCAAAAAGUUGAACCACUCUUUAUAAGCAAGGUGAAUACGGUUUUCCAGUUAGCGUUAGUUGCUGCAGCUCUUCUUCAACCCGAUUUUGGAACCCCAGAAACUCAAUCAUACAUUACUUAUCUAAGCUGGUUAGUGGCUUCAACAACAGUAGCAUCUAGUGCGGCAUAUGGUGUAAAAUAUUUGAGAUCUCCAGUUGUAUUAAAGUCAGCCUAGUUGAAAUUUAGUUGAUUCAAGUAACAUACGACUUGCUGAAGUUCUGAUUUGAACAGUACUUUUAGCAGGAAACUGCAUGAAUAAAUAUCAGCUUGUUUAAUUACACAUUAAGAAAGUAGUUGUAUUACCAGGAAAAGAUAGAAGAAAAAGAUACAUUUUUGUAGAUUUGUUCCAUCAAAUUAAUUUAUUCUUUUAUUUGUUGUAA